CAAGUUGUGUCCAAGAUUGUUUCUCUGUCUCCUUCCUUGCUUUCCAUUGCCAUGGAAGCCCUCAAUUUCAUCAGGUUUUGGAAACCCAGCAACGGUGGCUACAGGGAGAAUCGAGCUCAACCGUGCUGUGGUAACAAGAGCAACACCACCACCGAGUUUCCAAAGGCUUCAGAUCAUGAGUUGGAUGAAGGGGACGACUCUUUCUUCGAUUUGAACCUUCCUUUGCACGGUGUUAAUGGCGAGAAAAGAUUUGAAUCCACGGAAGAGAAAACUCCUUUGCCUCCCAAUGAUAAUUUGUCGAAAAGAAAGAUAAUCCCCAUCGAGGCAAGCUCCAAUCCUCAAUCUCCAUUAGCUUUGUUAAAAUCAGCUCCAAAAUUUCCAGUCUUUACUUUGAACAAGUCCAGGUCAAUGGCAAAUACCAGUAGAACAAUCAUAGCAGAGAAAGCUGAGCUGAUUGGUCUUCCUAUGGAAUCCCCAAAGCAUGAAAACCAUGGUGGCAAAAAGCAUUUCAGAUUCCAAAAAUACAUGAAUAAAUUCAAGCUAUUUUACGUUAAAAGUUCAAAAAAGAACAGUCUCAGUGGCCAGAUAAAAGUCUCAGGAGACUUGCUGGGGCCAUCUCCGGUGAGUUCUCCGGCUAGAGGGGUUUGCAAUCAGUUGGGAAAGAGCAGAUCAACCUCGGCUGCAUCAUCAUUUCUCAUUAGUAGAAGAGAUGUUUCGCUGCUACAGCAAAAUGAUGGGAUCCAAAGCGCCAUUUUGCAUUGCAAGAAAUCUUUGAAUUCAUCAAGAGAAUCUUCAAGGUUGUCGAGAUGUACAAGUGAUUCUUCACAGGAGAAGUUAAGCAAUGCAUCUUCUACAGAUUCUUCUCUUCUGUCAAGAGUUACAAGCAAUUCUUCAUACGAGAAACUGAUGGAUUCUGCAAGAAUAUCCAGCGACGAAGGAAAUUUCUCGAGCACCUGAACUACUAGGAAACAAUAUGUUGUUUAAUCAACUCUGUAGAAAGGAUACAUUGGGUAGCGACUUUGUGUUUUACUAUCAUUAUCGUGAUAACGUAAAAAGAAUUAAAGGA